AUGGCCGUGUCAGGUGUCAUCUUUACAGAAUGUGAUCAAUAUUGCUGGAAUGCAGCAAGUUUCCUGUUACCUACCAAUAUGACAACAGGGAUUCUAGGCAUGCUAGCUGGUCAAAAAGAGCUGAACACUGCAGAUCCAGGAACAAAGGGAAUGGUGUCAUCACAGCAGAUGAAAGCCGAGUUUCAGAGCGCGGCCUUUUGGAAUAGAAUUGCCCGAGCGUGGCUCUCGGAGUGCAACGGCUGCCUGAAGCUGGGCCUGAAAUUCGGACAGGCUCACGGGCAUGAGUUGCUGGAGGAAGCCAGAAGACAAGGUUUGCCUUUUGCACAGUGGGAUGGACCUACUGUGGUGGUGUGGCUGGAGCUGUGGGUUGGGAUGCCCGCCUGGUACGUGGCUGCUUGCCGAGCGAACGUGAAAAGCGGUGCUAUCAUGUCAGCCUUGUCUGAUACAGAAAUACAGCGUGAAAUUGGGAUUAGUAAUCCUCUGCACAGACUGAAGCUGAGGCUGGCCAUUCAAGAAAUUAUGUCACUGACAAGUCCAUCUGCUCCUCCCACCUCAAGGACGACCACGGGAAAUGUCUGGGUAACACAUGAAGAAAUGGAAAAUCUUACAGCCACACAACAAACGGAAGAUGAGGAGGGAAGCUGGGCUCAGACGUUAGCAUAUGGUGAUAUGAACCACGAGUGGAUUGGCAACGAAUGGCUCCCGAGUCUGGGGCUCCCUCAGUACCGCAGCUAUUUCAUGGAGUGUCUUGUUGAUGCUCGAAUGCUGGAUCAUUUAACUAAAAAAGAUCUGCGUGGACAACUGAAAAUGGUGGACAGCUUUCACAGAAACAGUUUUCAGUGUGGAAUUAUGUGCCUACGAAGACUGAAUUAUGAUCGAAAAGAGCUUGAAAGAAAAAGAGAAGAAAGCCAGAACGAGAUUAAGGAUGUCCUUGUGUGGAGCAACGAACGAAUGAUCCAUUGGGUCGUGUCCAUUGGUCUUAAAGAAUACGCGAAUAACCUUAUAGAGAGCGGAGUCCACGGUGCACUUGUGGCCUUAGAUGAAUCAUUUGAUUACAAUGCAUUAGCUCUCUCCUUACAAAUACCCACCCAAAACACACAGGCUCGUGCUGUUCUGGAGAGGGAAUUUAAUAACCUUCUUGCUAUGGGCACUGACAGAAGACUUGAUGAAGAUGAUGAUAAGAGCUUUAGGAGAGCACCUUCAUGGAGAAAGAAGUUUAGACCAAAGGACAUAAGAGGUUUAGCUGCUGGAUCAGCAGAGACUCUUCCUGCAAAUUUCAGAGUUACAACCUCAAUGUCUUCACCCUCUAUGCAGCCAAAGAAGAUGCAGAUUGAUGGCAGUGUAUCAGGAACACAGAGAUUGGAUUCUGCUACAGUAAGGACCUACUCCUGUUAAAGCCUUCUCCUGUUUACCCACACUAUUUCUACCGGUGAUAUGCAGCAUUUUGAACAUUUGGAACCCUUAACCUGUUAAUACUUGUUAAAUGGACACUUUGAGAUAUUUUAUUACAGAGUUUUUAAUUAGCAAAUAAAUUCAUGAGUACUAUAGAGAAAAUAUUUUAGAAUCUAAAUGUUUCUUAUAUUUAUGUGACUUCUCAUUUAUAUAGUUACUUACUUUUUUCUGUUUCUAUUCAGUCUACAAAUCAAAUCAUUGCUGAUUUUUUUAUUCUAAUUUUAGUCUUUCCAACUGAAUGUACUGUAAUGCUUGUAUGUAUAUGUCCCUAUAAGUAAUAUAGGGUUUUUGUAAAUUAUGCAGUUACUGUAAUUAUCGUUGUUUGUUUUUUAAUAAUGAAACUGAAGGUGAAAAGGAUUUUAAUACCUUUGUAAAAGUAUCAUGACACCGAGCAGUAUAUAUUUUGUCUUUUGGAAACGUUGGCUUAGAGCUGAGAACGAGUCCAGCUUUUUUUUCCAGGUAAGCAUAUGCUGUUGUAGAAGGUACCUACACUUGGUCUUCUUUCCAGAACUGUACCUUUCUGCAAAGAGGAUUUGUCGAGUACUGGGAAGUUUGUCUUUAUUUAAAAUAUAACUUGUUUUAAAACCUGAGAGGAACUAUUAACACUACAGAACACGUUGUAGAAGUGAUUGACUCGGUCAUAACACUCUCUGCUGUAUUUGUAUAGCAUUCUCUUCAGAGUGACUGAAAACAAGCCAUAAAACCAAGAACUGUUUCCAUUUUUUAUUUUUUUUUCCUUAACUGUGGAGGAUAGACUUCAUAAUAAUUCCUGGUCGUAAUCCACAGGCCACAGAGAGGGGCUUUUUUGGCCUGGAUCUUUUUUCAUUGAAAAUCGUGGUGGAAAGAGCCUGGUGAAAGUAGUUUUAAUGGACCAAUGGUGAAGCACUGCAGCCUCAUGACAAACGAGUAGUGAAAGAUGAAGGUACAAUGAGCUAAAAACUAAAGCAGUGCGACUUUUAAUAAAGGCCUUACUUUUCUUACGUAAGUCAACUUUUGUGUUUUGUAAUCUUGUUCUAAAGAGUUGUCUGGACUUUAAUUUUGAUGGUUGUAGCCAUUUUGGACUGUACGAGUAGAAGAUGUAUCCAGCGUUUGUACAUGGCAUAUUAAAGCCAGCAAGAAUCUGUUCAGAUGGUGCAUUAUUUAUUAUGCAACAAUAUAUAUAGCAUGUCUUUUUUUUUCUUAUUUUGUUUUCCACUUCUAACUUGCUUGUAAAACUGAAAUUCAUUGUUACUGUUCUGGUUUUUUUCUAUUAAUCUUUUGUGUAUUUUCAGAUUAUGUAACAAUAUGUACAGUCUACUUUUGAACUAUUUUUAUCACAGUAUUAUUUAUUGCUUUCUUUCAAUAAAGUACUGAUGCAUUUUCCACUGCCAAUAAAACGCUAUUGAAAAGCUCAGAUCUAAUCGUAUGCAGGCAGAUACUUUUGCGGUGAGUGGAUACUGUCAAUAAAGCAUCUUAAUGAUUGUUUGCUGCCCCGUAGAUCUGGUUUCAAAUGAUGGUUUUUCUCCAGUAGAAAAAUGUUCCAUUAGAUGUGACAUUUUCUUUAGAAUUGU